AUGGCCUCUAAACUCGCUCUCGACUCGACCAGGAAGCUCAAUUCAGGCUACCAGAUCCCUCUUCUUGGCUAUGGAGUCUACAAGGUUCCCGCUGAACAAGCCCCCGAACUCUGCAAGAAGGCUAUCGAGAUAGGCUACCGCCAUAUCGACUCUGCUUCAGGGUACUACAACCAGGGCCCUAGCGCAGCUGGACUCCUAGCGUCUGGCGUGCCUCGCUCAGAGCUCUUCUUCACUACCAAGAUCUUCACCAGACAGUUUCCCUUGAACUACGAGAAUGCACACAAGCAGGUAGACAUUGCUCUCGAUGAGACGAAGCUCGAUUAUCUUGACCUUGUUCUCAUUCAUGCCCCGUAUGGUGGACCUGAUGCCCGAAAGGGUGCUUGGAGAGCUCUCGCUGAGUGCGUCGAAGCUGGCAAGGUGCGAUCUCUCGGUGUUUCCAACUACGGUGUUCAUCAUCUAGAGGAACUAGAGGCAUACAUUAAAGAACUUGAUGCCGAGCUUGGACCGGGUAAGGGAGGCGUCAUCUCGGUCGGGCAGUGGGAGGUGCACCCGUGGCUUACACGCCCCGACAUCGUUAAGUGGUGCCAGGACCGAAACAUUGCAGUUGAGGCUUACUGCCCCAUUGUUCGUGGUGAGCGAUUUGAUGACCCCAAGGUCAAGGCCCUUGCGGACAAGUAUGGUAAGAGUCCAGCACAGGUUCUUCUUCGGUGGAGCUUGCAGAGGGGUUAUGUUCCUCUGGUGAAGAGCGUAACACCCUCAAGGAUUCUGGAGAAUGCUCAAUUGUUCGACUUUGAGUUGACGGAGGAGGAAGUGAAAGAUUUGACAACUGAUGAGUAUAGCCCUUGUGCCUGGGACCCUACUCGUGAACCUCUUGAGAAAUAG